AUAAUAACUCUUGAUACUUUAAAUCCAUCAAUUAUAGAUCUGCCUGAAUACAUUGAAUGUUUUGAUAACAACAAACCUAACACACAAAAUGAUUUUAAAUUCUUUUCUUUUUGGACUCUACAAGAAAAUUUUAAUAGUAUAAUUCUUCCUACAGCAUGGAGUAGACACGAUAUACCUGAAAAAUUGAUCAUGUUUUCUUGUUACACAAUUAUAAAAGAAGAAACUGAGAUGCCUACUCCUAUUAUUUUGAAAAGAGUUUGUUUGAAUACUGAUUUAAAGGUGACGUGUUCAGUGUUAGGUAAAGACAUUUCUGAAAACAUUUUUGGCUUAGCAGAAAUAAAUAAUAUUUGAGUUUUGGAAGACCUUUU